AAGGAAAGAACGUCCGACGAACUUUUGCAGAGGCGUUGUCCAUAUCACCAAGUCUUUUCCCGAGAACUUUGAUCUCUCGAGUAAAUCUUUGCCAAGAGCCGGACAUCUUUCAUCCAGCCUCACAAAAUCCUCACCAUGCCAGCAGCUUCAUCAUCCUCCCCACCUCCACUCGGCACCGGCAUCACCAAACUCACCAACUGCCGUCUCGUAAUCGGCGACUCUCUCAUCCCCUCCGACCUCUUCAUCAACUCCCUAACCGGCAAGAUCAUUUCACCCUCCGACGACACCCUCAUUCCCGACGUCACCAUCGACCUCCACAACCGCAUCCUCUCCCCCGGCUUAAUCGACUGCCAACUCAACGGCGCCUUCGGCUUCAACUUUUCUUCUUUCACCUCCUCCCCUGAAUACAUCAAAAACAUCCACACCCUCAACACCAAACUCAUCCGCACCGGCGUCACUUCCUAUCUCCCCACUUUGACCUCCCAAACGCCUGAGCUGUACCACUCCGCGCUUCCACACCUCGGUCCUCUCCGUCCCAUCCCUACCCCUACCUAUACCUCCUCCUCCACCUCUACCGCUACAACAAACGAAGAAAUCGACCGCACCCGCAACCGCAUCCGCCACCCCCAAAAUGGCUCCGAAUCCCUCGGCGCACACGUCGAAGGCCCCUUCCUCUCUCCCUCCCAACACGGGAUCCACGACCUCUCCGUCCUUCGCUCCGCCAACUCUUGGCAAGAUCUGGAAGAAGUCUACGGCCUUUCCAAUCUCACCUCGGGGGAAAACAUCAAGAUGAUCACCAUCGCCCCCGAGCUCGGUUCCAUCACCACCCUCAUCCCAGAGCUGGUUCAAAGGGGCGUGGUGGUCUCGCUGGGUCAUACUGAGUGUACAUUGUCUGAAGCAGCGGCAGCGGUCCGAAGAGGGGCGAAGAUGGUUACGCAUUUGUUUAAUGCCAUGAACGGGCUGCAUCAUAGGGAGCCGGGGAUUUUUGGGUUGUUAGGUUUACCUCAAGAACAAAAGAAGGGGUUGUACUACGGCGUCAUAGCAGACGGUAUCCACCUCCACCCCUGCACCGUCUCUCUAGCCUACAACCUGCACCCGCAAGGUUUCAUCCUGGUCACGGACGCGAUGCACUUAUCUGGGAUGCCGGAUGGGAAGUAUGAGUGGGUUAAUGGUGAGAAAACAGAAUGGAUUGAGAAGAGGGGGAGUGCUUUGUGUAUUGUUGGGCCACCAUCGUCGUCGUCGUCGUCGUCGUCGUCAUCAUCGAAACUGUCAUCGCAAGCAGGGCAGCAGAAUGGCGACGUCAACAACGGCGAGGGAGGUUGCCACGACGGGGUUGAAGCAGCUCAAAAUGGGCAAGAAAAGGGUAAAGAAAAAUGGGGAGGAAUAGCAGGCUCCUCCUCCACCCUCCUCGAAUGCGUGAACAACCUUUUGAAAUGGACUGGGAUGUCGGUGCCAAAGGCGUUGGCGAGUGUGACCAGUACGCCGGCGGAGAUGUUGGGAUUCAAAUGUGUGAAGGGGAGUUUGGAGCCGGGGGCGGAUGCGGAUUUGGUGGUUUUUGAGGAGAUGGAGGUUGAGGUUGAGGAUUUGCUGGGUGGAAGUGGAAGUGGGAAGACAAUGAGAAAGCAGUUGGUUGUUGAGGAGGUUUGGAAAUUUGGGGUGAGGGUUUGUCGUGAUGGAUGGGAGUGAUUUGUAGAUUGGGCGAAAAGGUCGUGGUUAUACAGCUUUGAUUCUUUGGUAGGUAGGUAGACGCAUGAUGCUCGAUGCUGAAUGUCUGUUGACUGGCCGUUUCAAAUGAACAACAAUGAUGGUUCGCGUCCGCUAAAUCAUGACUUCCACUUAAACAAACGCGCUGCUCAUUCUCUUCAUUAGGCCCUCCUUCCACAGCUCAAAAAGGUAUAACUCAUUCCUCUUCCAUCCACCGCUAAACAUGGUAAAACAACUCAGAAUCAUGCUGCGGAGUGUUCCGCUUUCUUUGCU